GGUAGAGAAGGGUGUACGUACUUGCGUGUAUCCGUUCGUCUGCGCCCUGUGCUAGUGCUGGAGCACAAUGGCGGCGUGCCGGGGAUCUGCUUCAAGAUGGUUCUUCACCCGGGAACAAGUCGAAAACACGCCGUCUCGUGCUUGUGGUGUGGAGCCGGACAGGGAGCUCUCCUACCGACAGCAGGCCGCCAACCUUAUUCAAGAUAUGGGCCAGCGACUCAACGUAUCGCAAUUAACAAUAAACACUGCAAUUGUUUACAUGCACAGAUUUUAUAUGUUCAAUUCUUUCACAAGAUUCCACAGAAACAUCAUUUCUCCAACAACAUUAUUCUUGGCUGCAAAAGUUGAGGAGCAGCCACGGAAACUUGAACAUGUCAUUAAAGUUGCACAUGCCUGUUUAAACCCACAAGAGGCUCCGCUGGACACAAAAAGUAAUGCAUACCUCCAGCAAGCUCAAGAGCUGGUGCUACUUGAAACCAUAGUGCUUCAGACUUUAGGGUUUGAGAUAACGAUUGAGCAUCCUCACACUGAUGUGGUGAAGUGCUCCCAGCUAGUGCGAGCCAGCAAGGAUUUGGCACAGACUUCCUAUUUCAUGGCUACCAACAGUCUGCACCUCACCACGUUCUGCCUUCAGCACAAGCCCACGGUCAUAGCCUGCGUGUGUAUUCACCUGGCGUGCAAGUGGUCCAACUGGGAAAUCCCCGUCUCCACCGACGGGAAGCACUGGUGGGAGUAUGUGGACCCGUCCGUCACACUGGAGCUGCUCGACGAGCUGACUCACGAGUUCCUGCAGAUUCUGGAGAAGACCCCAAGCAGAUUGAAACGGAUCAGGAACUGGAGGGCCACACAAGCCGCCAAGAAGCCCAAGGGUGACGGCCAAGGCCUGGACACCUCGUACCCAGGUUCCUCCUUGCUCCAGGGCCCUUCCCUGGUCGACGGCAUUCCCGGGGUCUCCGGAAGCGCCACAUUCCCGAAGUCCUCGGCGUCCUUUCCCGUCAUGCUCCCCUCCAGUGCCGCGGGCGCCCUUUCACUGGACAGCGUAGCCAGCAUGCAGGGCGCCGCCUUCACCUUCACGGCCUCCGGCGACUGGCCCCAGGAGGCCUUCUCUCUGAAAGCAGACCCCCUGAGCAUCCACCAGGGGGCGCUGCCCUCCAACGCCGGCGACUUCACCCCCGGCAAACACGAACACAAACCGGGCGGCGGGGCCAAGCACCAGCCGCCCCUGUACCCCUCUCCCGUCGCCCCCUCCCAGAAACUGUCCCUGGACAAGUACCGCGAAAAGCAUGCCGCCGAACUGGCGGGCCAGAAGCGGCGGCAGGAGCAGAGCCAGGAGGCGGACGCCUACGCCCCCUCGGCCCUGCUGGAGCAGCCCUACCACAGGAAACACACGCAGCUGCAGGGCUCCGACAAACACCCCUCCGAGAAAAGGGAGAAGGGAGCCUCCUUAAAGCUCCGCCUCCCCGUCCCGCCCCCCGAGAAGGCGGCGGGCAGCAAGGAGGAGCUUAAGAUGAAGAUCAAGGUCUCCUCGGACGAGGGCGGGGCCAAGAGCCGCCACUCGGCCAGCCCGCUGGUGGGCAAGGAGAAGCACAGAGACCACUCCCACCGGCACCAUAAGCACGCCCACGGCCACGCCCACCCCCAGAGCGGGAACGGGCAGGCGGCCGGGGGCGUGCCCUUCAGGGCUCCCGCGGCCGUCGCCGGGGGCGACGCGGCGGUCCCGGCUUCCGGUUCCUCGCGGAAGAGGGCGCACCCCGACGGCACUCACAACCACCACCACUCCAAAUCGAGCAAAAGUGGGAAAAGCGCAGGUAGCUCCUCUCACCUUUCCUCUGUAAAGCAGUGUGUCUCCUCUCUCAGCUCUGAUCUUAACACUCCCUUCCCCCCUCCCCCUGUCACACACCAGGUGGGCUACGAACAUCUCAACACCCUAGUGAAACUGGACAGGAGGUCGAGGGACAGCCGCGGCCCAGGCGCUAACGCUAACGGCCAGCACACGGACUACAAAGACACAUUCGACAUGCUUGAUUCGCUGUUAAGUGCCCAAGGAAUGAACUCUUAAAAAAAGACAAGAAAAAAAAAAAAACUAGAGUGGAAGGAGGGAACACGGAUGAAAUCAGUGCGGAUAUUAAGCGGAAAUGGAGAAAAAAAGAUUGUCUUAGAUUUUGAUUUGCUGAAAAAACUGAAAUCUUUUAAAAUCGAGGGAGAAUAUGAAUGCUUCCUGACCUUCUGAUCUUAACGGCUUGGUCCCGCCUUGUUCACUGCACACCUGCUGCUUUACCCCCCUUAUUCUUGGGGUGGGGGUGUCGGGGAGGGGGGAGGGGGUCAUGUAAAUGAAUUCAUCUCCAUAUGAAAAUAGUAUUAUAAAUACUGUAAAGGCAUGAAAGGUGCAAUUUCAAUUUUCUUUUUUUUCCUUCUCUUUUAAAAUGACUUGUACAGUAUUUCCACAACUAUGCUUCCUGCAAGACCUUAUCCUCUUCCCACAUGCCAUGAUGUCACUCAAUCAAAGACACUGAUCAGACAGUACUGAAGUAGGCUUUUAGUUACAUUAUUUGAAUGAGUGUUUUUCUUUUUUUUUUAUAUCUUUAUACGGUAUGUAUGAUUUGCAUGUUUCAAUCACAAAGGGACAAAAGAUGAUACUGGGCUUAUUUACAGUAAGUGGGGAUAAUGUGCAUACAUUUUUGUAUGUUUAAAAAGCUAUACCACAAAUACUCAGGUUUGGAGCUGCUUGUAUGUGUAACAGUAUGUAUGCGUGUGUGUGUAUAUACAUGCAUACAUGCACAAAAACACAACGUCUGUGGUUAUAAUGGUGUAAGAGAGUCGUCGGUAUCCAGACUACAGCAUUCAGCGAUGUGCUUUUGAGCCUGUAGUCUGCAUGACUUCCAGGAGAGGGCGCAUGACUUAUUUAUUGGGGCAAUCCAGACCCGUUAGUCAGCCAACCACCUGGCAUGUAUUCAGAGGUCAUGCAAUUUUGCGUUUUCGACCUCGGACGUUUUUAGCUGGAUGCCAAAGGCUGCGCCUUAGAAUCAAAAAAAGGAAAAAUUGAAGAAUUAAGAAGUUUACAUAAUCUUUGCUGUGAAGUGCAUUUAAAUCUUUUUUGGCUUGAUGCAGUAGCCUAGAUUCAGAGCUGUUUAUGGAUAAUGACAAACGUACUAUUCAUGUCUAUAAAAAUAAAAACAACACAAAAAUUAAAAAGGAAAAAAAGAUUGUCGUAUUACUUUACAGGUCAGUUUCUUAUGUAAUGCAUCCUUUUUAAUUUCUGACACAAAUUACUGUUUAUAUUAUUGGUCUUUCUUUCUGUGCACUGAGUUUCAGAAUGAAGCGAAGACUGUUCCCAGUACCGGUGUAGAGAUUCUAUUGUAGGGCUAGUGGUGUAAAAUCCAAAAAGUGCAAAUCUUGACAUCCAGUUUUUCGUUUAAUUUCUAUAAAUAAACCCCAAAGUCACCACCACCUUAAA